AUGGUUGCAAGUUGUAAAGAUCAACUCAAACAGGUUGCUAUUUGUUUACAGAGAUCCCCAUGUGUUAUGAUCGAGAGACACACACCAAAGGAAUGUAUUUCCAAGCCAGAGCUAACCGAAGAGUUACCAGAACUUUGUAAAGCGCACCUGGCUACAUUUCUUGAGUGCAAGAGGGGUAUCGUUGACAUGAGAAAGAGAAUCAGAGGUAAUGGUACCUUGAGUACAGGAAAAUAUGAUGAACAAUACAAUAAGUUGUCUAGUGGUGAAUUUGACCCUAGAGAAGAGAUGAAGAAAUUGAAGACCUUGGAUUCCAACCAAAAACAAUGA